AUGGCGACGGCGGGGAGCCGGACCUCGUCCUCGUCGUCGGGAACUGUAGAGUCAAAUAACGGCACAAACGUUGGAAGCGGACCUCAGGGAAGUUUGUCUACUCCAGGUCUCCCAAGUAGUCCCGGGAAGUCGAAGAGAAGCACCGGGGAAAAUUCACAAUGGAGACGUAAAGAGCUGCGGAAAGUGAGAAGUGUGGAUCUGGAUAAACCCGAGGUGCUGCUCCUAUCUCCCGAGACCGGGACAGCUCCGAUAUCAGCGCAGCUGCACUUCUUGUCUGUUUCCUCGCCCGGUGCUGUUCAAGCUACUUUGUUGCAACAGACGCAUCAUAUUCAACAAAGUGACUCAUUAACUGGUGAUAUUCUCUUUGAUAAAGCAAGCAAUAGUUUGUCCACUGCCGCUCAGGAAUUGUUGAAAACUUCUUUUAAAAACAGCAGCGACCAUCUCAACGCCGAUAAUGGUGCUACCGGAACUUCAGUGGAAGUGACUGCAAAACAGCAAAUUUGCAGCCGAGACAUGGAGAACAAGGACACGCUACGGGGCCUGCAGAAGAUGGACAACCGGCCGGAGGAGAGCAUGAUCCGCGAGAAGCUCAAGGUCACCUGCAUGCCCACCUGGAAGCACGAGUGGCUGGAGCGGAGGAACCGCCGAGGCCCUGUGGUGGUCAAGCCCAUCCCACUGCGGCCCGAUGGCAGCGAGGCCGGGCAGGCCGGCGCGGAGGGGUCCCAGGCCUCCGCAGGCUCCUCCCCACAGAGCAGGGGCCGCCGCAGCCCCUCCCCAGGGCCCUCCUCCUCCUCCUCGUCCUCCUCCACCUCGACCUCGGCCAACGGCAAGCUCAGCGGAAAGCCUGAUUCCCCCGGUGUGAGGAGGAAGAGGGCAUCCCCAGUGCCGUUCCAGAGUGGGCGAGUCACACCACCUCGCAGGGCUCCCUCUCCAGAUGGCUUCUCGCCUUACAGCCCAGAGGAGACCAGUCGCCGGGUCAACAAGGUCAUGAGGGCCCGCCUCUACCUGCUGCAGCAAAUAGGACCCAACUCCUUCCUGAUUGGAGGAGACAGCCCUGACAACAAAUACAGAGUGUUCAUUGGUCCACAGACUUGCAGCUGUGGCCGAGGCGCGUUCUGCAUCCAUGUCCUCUUCGUCAUGCUCCGAGUGUUCCAGCUGGAGCCCUCCGACCCUCUGCUCUGGAGGAAGACCCUCAAAAACUUUGAGGUGGAGAGUCUGUUCCAGAAGUACCACAACCGGCGCAGCUCCCGGAUCAAGGCGCCCUCGCGCAACACCAUCCAGAAGUUUGUGUCACGCAUGUCCAACUCGCACACCACCUGUCCUUCCAGCACCUCCGCCUCCAGCACGGAGAGCAGCAUGAAAGAUGAGGAGGAGCAGAUGUGUCCGAUCUGUCUGUUGGACAUGUUGGACGAGGAGAGCCUGACUGUGUGUGAGGAGGGCUGCAGGAACAAGCUGCACCACCACUGCAUGUCUAUCUGGGCAGAGGAAUGCAGGCGAAACCACGAAACGCUGAUCUGCCCUCUUUGUCGAGCCAAGUGGAAGUCCCAUGAUUUUUACAGCCAUGACCCAUCCUCCUCCGUGGAGGGCUCCUCCAGCCGCACCCAAAGCCAGGCCUCCUCGGCGGCCCACAGCGAGAGCCCGCGCCUGGGCCAGCCGGAGGGCGACUUCACCCUGCCCCACUACGGUGUGCAACAGAUCCCACAGACCUACAAAGAGCUGGCCGAGCCCUGGAUCAAGGUCUUUGGCAUAGAGCUGGUGGGCUGCCUCUUCUCACGGAACUGGAACAUCCGGGAGAUGGCACUGCGGCGGCUGUCGCACGACGUGAGCGGCGCUCUACUGCUGGCCAAUGGGGAGCGCUCGCUGGCAGGAGGAGGGACAGGAAGUUGCGGGGAGGUGUCCGGCGAGGUGGUGGUGGAGUCCUGCUGCAGCGUCCUCUCCAUGGUGUGCGCUGACCCCGUCUAUAAGGUCUACGUGGCCGCUCUGAAAACCCUGCGGGCUAUGCUGGUGUACACCCCCUGCCACUCACUGGCCGAGCGCAGCCGACUGCAGCAGCUCCUCAGGCCCGUGGUGGAGACCAUCCUGGUCAAGUGUGCCGACGCCAACAGCCGUACCAGCCAACUGUCUGUGUCCACUCUGCUGGAGCUGUGCAAAGGGCAGAUGGGGGAGCUUGCGGUGGGAAGAGAGAUCCUCAAAGCAGGGUCCAUAGGCAUCGGUGGGGUGGACUACGUCUUAAACUGCAUCCUGGGCUCCCAGACGGAGUCCACUAACUGGCAGGCCCUGCUUGGCCGUCUGUGCCUGAUCGACCGGCUACUGCUGGAGUUCCCCGCCGAGUUCUACCCUCACAUCGUCUCGGCCGGAGACUGCAACCAGUCGCAGAACCUGGGGGAGAGGUACCAGAAGCUGCUGCCACUGCUGAGCUUCGCGUUGCAGUCCAUCGACAACUCCCACUCCAUGGUGGGCAAGCUGUCGCGCCGCGUCUUCCUGAGCGCGGCGCGCAUGGUGGCCCGCGUGCCGCACGUCUUCCUCAAGCUCCUGGACAUGCUGAGCGCCACCAGCUCCACCCAUUACGCCCGCAUGCGCCGCCGCCUGCUCGCCAUCGCCGAGGAGAUGGACAUCCUGGAUGCCAUCCACCUGGGCCUGGAGGAGCUGCAGGCGACCGAGAGCAGCGGAGCCGGGGUAGGCGCCGCCGCCUCGGCGGGAUGCGGCGCGCACUACGCCGCCGACGGCCCCGCCGCCCCGCACAACUCGCCGAACGCGACGGAGUGCAACUCGCCGGCCCACACCGUGCAGCUGAAUGCGGCAGGCAAGCAGAGGGGAAGAGCCCAUCAGCAUCAGCACCAGCAGCAUCAGCACCAGCAGGGAUGUCCUGCUAGGAACUCAGCAGCUGCAGCAGCGGCGGGGGUUCCCGAGGACGUCCUGGCGGAGCGUCUGGCGGCCAUGUCGGCCGGCGCCCCCCCAGCGGAGUACCUAAAGCCCCCCGUGCAGGCCAGAGGCCGGCCGCAGAGCCAGUGUCUCAACUCGCCGUCUUCCUCUGGUCAGUCUCAGCCGAGUCCGGCGCUCCUGCCCUCCCCCUCUGCCCCCCAUGCCCCCGCCUUCCCCACGGACGCCCCCAGCCCCAAGACUGCCCCCAGGGGCCCGCCGGGCUUUGUGCCCAGCAAGCUAGGGGCUGGCGCCUCGCCUGGCGCCCAGCGCAAGUACCCGUUGCAGAAGCAACCAGGAGCGGGCGGCAGCGGCGGCAGCAGCGGUGCCGCCAGCAGUAAAGACACAGAGAAAGACCCGUCAGCCGUGUUCACCCAGUCUCGCCCGCUGCCCUCCAGCCAGAUCCACAGACCAAAACCCUCUCGGCCCACGCCCUCUGAGGGCACUGGCGCCAGCGGCAAGCCCAUCUGCCCACCACCGGCCAAGGGCAGCUUGAAGCUGGACCUGCUUGACUCCGCGCUGGCCGCCUCCGGCCCCGGAGCCGCCGAGGCGUCGUUGUCGUCGUCGCCGCCGAUGUCCGCCUCGGCCUCUGGCCCCGCGGGCGCCGGCACGCUCAUCCCCAGCGAGGACACGGUCUUCACGCCGGUGGAGGAGAAGUUCCGCGGGCUGGACGCCUCCGCCGAGCUCAACUCCAGCAUGGAGGACCUGCUGGAGGGCACCAUCAUGCCCAACGCCGGCGAGGGCACGGUCACCUUCCAGUCCGAGGUGGCCGUGCUGUCCCCGGGUGAGCAAGGGGGCACCCGGGGUAACUCUAGCAGCAGUAGUAGCGGCAGUGGCGGAGGAAGCGCCACCCGCGGCACCUACACGGACGACGUGGCGCAGCACCAGAAGUGCAAGGAGAAGAUGGAGGCGGAGGAAGAGGAGGCGUUGGCCAUAGUCAUGGCCAUGUCGGAGUCACAGGACGCCCUUCCCAUCAUCCCCCAGCUGCAGGUGGACAAGGGAGAGGACGUCAUCAUCAUCCAGGCAGAUACGCCGGAAACGCUACCUGGCCAUACCAAAGCGAAGCAGCCCUACCGGGAGGGGCAGGAGUGGCUGAAGGGUCAGCAGAUCGGCCUGGGGGCCUUCUCUUCCUGCUACCAGGCGCAGGACGUGGGCACCGGCACUCUCAUGGCUGUCAAACAGGUGACGUACGUGCGCAACACGUCGUCGGAGCAGGAGGAGGUGGUGGAGGCUCUGCGAGAAGAGAUCCGUAUGAUGGGCCACCUCAACCACCCCAACAUCAUCCGCAUGCUGGGCGCCACCUGUGAGAAGAACAACUACAAUCUUUUCGUGGAGUGGAUGGCAGGUGGCUCCGUGUCGCACCUCCUGAACAAGUACGGGGCCUUCAAAGAGGCCGUGAUCAUCAACUACACCGAGCAGCUGCUCAGAGGGCUGGCCUACCUCCACGAGAACCAGAUCAUCCACCGGGACAUCAAAGGUGCCAACCUACUUAUUGACAGCACCGGGCAGAGGUUGCGGAUAGCAGACUUUGGAGCGGCUGCCCGGCUGGCCUCCAAGGGAACAGGUGCAGGAGAGUUUCAGGGCCAGCUGCUGGGAACCAUCGCCUUCAUGGCCCCAGAGGUGCUGAGGGGACAGCAGUACGGGCGCAGCUGUGACGUCUGGAGCGUGGGAUGUGCCAUCAUCGAGAUGUCCUGUGCCAAGCCACCCUGGAACGCUGAGAAACACUCGAACCACCUGGCUCUUAUAUUCAAGAUUGCCAGCGCCACCACAGCCCCCACCAUCCCCCCUCACCUGUCGCCGGGGCUACGUGACGUGACGCUGCGCUGUCUGGAACUCCAGCCGGCUGACCGCCCCGCCUCCAGGGAACUGCUCAAGCACCCUAUGUUUCGCCUCAACUGGUAGCAGACACACCCCCCCCCCCCCCCAACGUCUACCCCAAAUCCUAAAACCCUCACCCCAAGUCCCCUUUAACCCUCAUCCUAACACAUAUCAUCCCUUAGCCCACCACAUGUAUGGAGAUACUACUGAAGGCCCCCUCCUCUAACCUGCUGCCCCCACAUCCCUAACCUCACACCUCUCCUUGUCCCCCUUGCACACGCAUGCAUACACAUACAUGCACGCAUACACACACACACUGCUUUGGUCGCUGUGCCCAGGGACACACAGCCACACAGGGAACAUGGCCUCCGCCGAAGGACCCGGGUACCUUUUUUUUUUUGCAACACACAUCGACACACGCUAACACACCGACAGACACACACACAAAGAGAUAUAUAUAUAUACACACACACACACACACACACUCUUUCACCUCCCCUCAUAUCUCUCACACAGCCCACCCUCAUCUCCAGAGCAUGAGAAGCUCCCUCCACCGGUGCCUUUGUCGGAGUGCCAUGCAUCAGCUAACUGUACUCACUCUGCAAAAUGGCUGUUGGUCUGGUUGUCUCAGCACUUGUAUUUUUUUUUUUUUAGCCAUUACUUUUGCAAGAGGUUUAAAAAGGGGGUUGCCUGUUAUAUCUCAACCUAGUGGUUUGUGAUAUUACUUUAAAUGUAAGCAUUAGACAAUGGAUAUGACAACUUAAAUCAAAGUCGAUUUCUGCUUUUUACAAUGACCAUUGUUGUGGAGUAAAGGAGAGGUGUAAAAAAUGUUGUUAAAAAAAUUUGUUUGUUAAUUGCAUCCUCUCGUGUAAAGAUUAUGAUUUGAUCAUUUGUGCAUAUUACUGUCAGGCCAUUAUAAUAGCUUGGGGAAAAACAUCUUGGAGGUGAAUCAGGGAAUGGUGACUUUUUUUGAACAGAAACUUUGCUAGUUUCAGCUAGCCAAUCGCUGAAUGUGAACGCUUAUGAUACUGUCAUUUGUUUCGAUGUUUCCUUUGUUACUAGAUUUUUUAAGCUGAAAAUCCCAUGUACGAUUCUAUGAUUUUGUGUUUUCAAAGCAUUCAACAGCUUUUGUGUUUGUGUGGGUCUAACUGAGACAGUGAGUUGUUGUCAAAGUUUUAGAGGUUAUGUCAUAUAAGCAAAAAGUUGAAAGGAUGCUUUGAAGUUGUCUGUUUUAACAUUGAUCGGAAGAGUUAGCCCACUGUUACUUUCAAGCAAUGCCGAUAUUUCUGUUUCUUUGAUUUUACCGUUGACAUUUGAUGAGACCUUUCAAACAAGCUGUGUCAUUUCAUGCAGAAGCAAUCUAUUCAAAAAUGUUCACUGUUCAGCCAUUCUCUAGGUGCUGGUCCUCUAUACAAUGUAAUGCUACGUUUCCGAUAAUUUGUGAUUUUAAACUUUGUGAUUUGUUUUUUUUUUUUUUUUUAAAGAAAUCUUCUUAAAACAUUUUAAAUAUGUUUUUUUAGAAUGUAUAUCAGAGGUUUUCUAAGUCACCUCCAGGUGAUUGUUUUCUAUAUAAACUUAAAAAAUGCUGUCAAACUAUUUUGGUGGAGGGAUAUCUCUGAACUAAAGGCAGACCAUUCUGCUCAUAAUUGUUUUUUUUUUUUUAAAUCAACUCAUCUCUUUUAUUAGAAUUGUUGCGCAUGUUCCUCAACCUUGUUAAUCAUGACCCAUAACUCUUCAAGUGAUCAUCUUGUUAAAAAAAAAAGAUUACUGAUAUUUACAUUGAUUAUGAAUCAGACAAUUGUUUUCAAAGUGGGAUAUGCAUUGCUAUUCUAUGUUUGUGAUUCCCUUGACAAAUAUAUUAUCAAGGGAUUUAAUUUUUCACAUAAAAAAAUCAGAGAAAUUUAAAUUUUAUUUAAACAAAUCCGAUUUUCUUUAUAUGGAGUACAAGCUGAUCAAGCUUGAAGGGUUAGAAUGUAAAUAGAUUAAAUUUUGGUAGCUAAAAUUAUUGUACUUGACUCCUGUAUUUUUAUACCACACUGUUUUCCAUAAAUACAUAUUUUUGUUCCUGCUUUUAUUUCUUUUUUUUCUUACCUUUCGUUGUCUUUGUAAAAGCUUUAAAGUUAUGCACUCUUUGUCUUUUUAUAUACUGGAAAAAAAUCUGUUUCAGUCAAAUUCAUAAAUGCUAAUCAGUAUUACUUCAAUAUGUCAUGUUUAUAAUUCUUACCAAUAUUUCAAUGCCUUUGGAAUUUCUUCUUACCCACCUGUGUCUCAACCAGCUUGCUGGGCCUUUGUUAUGUAUUUUAUUUUGAUGCCUAUGUGAUGUAAUCUUAUGCCUUUUUUUUAUCUGAGCUGGACUGACUUUGUUUGUCUGGAAUGAUGCUGUCUCUUGUGUCACUUGGUGGUACUUUUUUUUUUGUCAAGAACGUCUUUUGCUGUUUUUAUUCCAGUCUCUACUACCUCAGGUGUCCUAUAGAGUUUUCCUCUACCAAAGUUCACUUUCUCAAUAUAUAUAUUAUAUAAAUAUAUAAAUAUAUAUUCUUUUUGACUGUUCAUUGUUUUUUGAUCUCUCUUCUUCAAAGAUUUCCAGGGCUUAAGGGCUAACUUGUAUUAGCACCUUUUAUUGUGCAAAUAAAACUUGUGAAAACUCUGGGUUCAGAAAAGUAAAAUUUGGCUUAAGCUGUAUCUUUCAACUUAAAUAUAUCAAGAUAUUUUAAUGUUUUUACCCCAUUGGAGCAUUUUAUAACAAAUUUGACUUAUUUUGGUGUUUGUCUUUAUAGCAAAUAAAAAAUGGGAAAAUGGU